AUGGCCAAUCCACAAGAGGAUAAAGUUGCUGAAGCCCACAAGUUGUUCUAUGACCAGGGCUUUCAGAUCCGCAAUGAGGUUGCCGGUUCCGAACACGUUCAGCGGUCGCUCCAGAAUAAUUCAUCUGAAUUUGCUCGGCCGAUGCAAGACCUCGCUACGGAGGUGGGAUGGGGCAUGAUCUGGGCACGUCCUGGGUUAAGCCGCCAGACCAGAAGCUUGUUGAACAUAGCCAUGCUUUGCGCUCUCAACCGCAUGACCGAGCUUGCUGUGCAUGUGAGGGGCGCCGUCACCAAUGGUGUGACCGAGACAGAGAUUCGGGAGACGUUGAUGCAAGUUGCAGUCUACUGCGGCCUGCCGGCCGGUCUUGAAGGGGUGAGAGUAGCGGAAGGAGUAUUGAAGACGCUGCGAGAACAGAAGGAAUUGUAA